AUGGCGACAUCGGGACCUCUUUCUGAAGAAGAUUUUUUAUGUCCUGUUUGCUUUGACAUGUUCAGAGAUCCUGUUCUGCUCUCAUGCAGUCACAGCGUGUGUAAGACGUGUCUGCAGAUCUUCUGGAAAAUGAAAGAAUCCCUCGAAUGUCCAAUCUGCAGGAGAAAAUCCUCAAAAAAGGAGCCUCCUCUGAACCUGGCACUGAAGAAGCUGUGCGAAACGUUCUCGAAGGGCCGAAGAUCCUCGGCGGCGUCUGACGUCAUCUGCAAGCUACACAACGAGAAGCUCAAACUCUUCUGUCUGGAAGAUCAGCAGCCUGUGUGUGUGGUGUGUCAGACCUCAAGGAGACACAAAAAUCACAAGUUCUGCCCUAUAGAUGAAGUUCUGUGUGAUGUUAAGGAAGAUCUCAGGAGCGCUUUGGAGCCUCUACAAAAGAGUCAGACGCUGUUGGAAAACGCUAAACAAAAUUACAUCAAAGUAGCGUCACACAUCAAGAGUCAGGCCGAGAGCACAAAAAGACAGAUAGAGAAGGAAUUUGAGAAGCUUCAUCAGUUUCUAAGAGAUGAAGAAGCGGUACGGAUCGCUGAUCUGAAGCAGGAAGAGGAGCAAAAGAUUCAGACGAUAAAGAAGAAGAUCGAAGAGACGAAUCACGAAAUAGCUCGUCUUCAAGACAUCAUAAUAAAAACAGAGGAGGACAUGAACAUAGAGGACGUGACGCUCUUACAGGAUGUCAAGUUCAUGGUGAAACAAGUUCAGUGCACAACAAAUCCUCCAGAAGAAGAGACAAAUCUGCUGAUUAACGUUUCUAAACACAUUUCUAACCUGAAGUUUAGAGUCUGGGAGAAAAUGCAGGACAUCAUCCAGUACACUUCUGUUACUCUGGACCCCAACACUGCACACGCUCAGCUCCGUGUGUCUGAAGAUCUCACUGUUGUGGACCACAGAAAACAGGAAGUGCUGCUUCCUGAUAAUCCGGAGAGGUUCGACAGCAUUACGUGUGUUCUGGGCUGUGAGAGCUUUAAUGAAGGCUCUGGGAAGAAGAGGUUGGGGACAAUCUGGGAGCUGGGAGCGAUCAGAGAGUCUGCUCUGAGAAAGAGGAACUCCUUCUGUAAUGCAAUGUGCAGCAUGAGCUACAGUAAAGGAAGUUACCACACGCUCUGCCCAGGACAGGCAGGUGGCAUCUUCAGAGCUAAAGACAAACCACAGAAGGUCAGAGUGCAUCUGCACUGGACGAAGGGGAAAGUGACAUUUACCGAUCUUCUGACCAAUUCACACUUACACACUGUAACACACACUUUUACUGAGACACUCUUUCCAUUACCGAUAAAACAGACAGUGACAUUAAACACUUACCUUUAACACCACAGUACAAAAACAUCAUAAUCAUCUCUGAUAACCUGAACAACAAAAAUCCACCUUUAGCUCAUCUAUAAAAGCAUUAAAGUGUGUUGUUCUGUAUCAUGACACUCAUUAAGUAUCGAGUUUGAGCAAAUACACCACAACACUGUUCAGCUCCUGAUUGGUCAGGACUUGAUUAAAAAGUUGAUUCAUUUUCCAGAACAUCAGUUCUGACAGUAGUGCAGCUGCCAGUCUCAAAUUUAUAUAACUGUAUUGCUCAGAUAAGUGAUUGUUUCUAUGGUAACAAGACAAAGAGGGACAGCAGACCCUCCUCAAAAAUGGACUUUUAAAGAAAGUUGGUAAUCAUUAAUAAAGGGUGACUUUUUCUAUAAUAAAAUGUUUGUUUGACAUUUUAUGGACACACUCACGUCUGAUUUAAUUAGACAAUAAUAAUAAGGACCAAAAAAGCAUCAUUGAUCAAGACAUCAUAGUAAAAUGGCUCUUUUCAUUACUAGCUCUCUGUUUAUCACAGAACUGCCCCAAUGCCCCAAAUCCCAAACUCUAUCAGUAAAACAGAACACAGAACAACAUACUGUAGUUUUUAAUGUUUCAGAAAAAUGUCUUUUGUUAUUGUGCAACUAGACAAUUUGGAUGUUACUGUAUCAGCAAAGAAGGCAGUACAUGUGAGUACAGUCACUUCUGCUAAAUGUAGGCAGUUUACCCAGAUGUUACUGUCUCGGCGUAAAAGGUGUUAGUGUAGUCAGGAUUAUCGAAAAAAGAAGAGAAUCUAUUUCAGAGAAACAAAUUAUAUAACAAUCAGUAGAACAAUAAUAAUCUCCCGGUGAAUACAAAGAGUCAAAAUAUCAAUAAGGUACAAAAACACAAUACAAAUAGCAAAGAUUCCAGAAAACAGAGCACAAGAUCAAAACAACAGUGAUGUGUGACUUGAUUAUUUUGUCUUAAGGUUUUGAGAGGUCUGAUAUAUCUGGGACUGAGUUUUCUGCAUGGUAAUUUUGUUUUGAGAUAAAUCUGUGGUGUCAUAAGAUAAAGGAUCUGGUGAAGCGGUGUUUCAGCAGGUUAAAGGUAGGUUGUGUGGAUUCAGACCAGCAGAGCUUUUUGGGGUGUCCUUAUAUCUGUGACGUCAGAGGAGCAGAUACUGAGCUAUAGUCUUGAAUAUACCGGUACAGUUCUUUGAUGUUGAUGGGUGCUGUCUAUACCGUGACAGCUCAUACUUUGGCUAUAUCCAUUUCUAUCCCUGGUGGAUGAGGACCUAACUGAGGAAUGAGUUGGAGGUGUGGUGGAACUCACAUUUUACUGUUUUGAGGUAUAGAUAGCUGCUGUUGCUGUAAGCAUAUAACCCCUGCCCCCUACAGAGGCAGGUAGCUAUACAUAUGAAAAAGGAGCGGGGCUACAAACUACUAAUUUUACACCAACUAGAAAGAUGUUAAUGUAUUUCCCAGGAUUUACCACAAACAACAAUGUAUAAAAUUAGGUUUUUAAAUCCUUUUAUAAUAUCAGGUUUCAGACAAGAAUGAUUAUGA